GUGGAAACCCUACGUUACCUACCCGUACAUACCGUAGCUACUUCAUACUCUUAUUAGGCCAAAUUAAGACAGCAUGUCGAAAAGGUCUGCAGUAUGGCAGCAUUUCAUUGUAGUAAAGGAUGACGCCAAAAAAGUGGAAUGCAAACUCUGCAAACAGCGGUUUGCUUACCAUAGUUCGACAACGAAUAUGACAUACCACUUGAAAGCAGUAAGUUAGCCUACUUUGUUUUUCUAGUUGCAUGCUAAAACAUUGACAGGCUUUAUAGGCUUGAUAUGUGAACAUUUCCAAAUAAUGUAAUUACAUAGUAAUAGCAUACAUAAUUAAUUCAAAAUGUAGGCCUACUUAAUUUUAAACUUCGUGUAUUUAUAGGCGCAUCCCCAGUACAGCACGAGCACCUCCACUGCUAGCUCAGGUUUAACCCAAACCACCUUGGACCAGAAGUCCCCAAUCUCAGAAAAAAGAAAGAGAGAGAUAACCGAUGGUAUCGUGGACUUCAUUGCCUUGGACAUGAGGCCCGUUAACCUGAUAGAGGGCGUGGGAUUUAAGGAUAUGAUGAAAAUCCUGGAGCCUGGUUACACCGUUCCCAAGAGAGAGACUGUUAUGCAUGCUCUGACAGCGAAAUAUGAGAACACAAAAGAGAAGGUUUUGGAGUCUAUCAAAAACAGCCAGGCAGUAAGUUUUACAACCGACAUGUGGACCUCACUGAGAAUGGAGUCUUACAUGACCGUAACUGCCAAUUUCAUUACGGAGGCCUGGGGACUGCAGUGUCUUGUGCUGGAGACAAAGCAAAUGGAGGAGAAUCACACCGCCGCCACCAUUGCGCAGAGACUUGGAGAAGUGGCUGACAAAUACGAAAUUCCAGGAUGUAAAAGGGUCGCUGUGGUACACGACAACGCCGCAAAUAUGAUUUUGUGUGCAGAUAUACUGGGUCGGGAGGAGAAAUGGGCAGGCGUUAAAGGAAUCAGAUGCGCUGGACACACCUUACAGCUGUGCAUCAACGCCACUCUCAAUCAAGACCCCAUCUGUCGCACUGUGGCUGCAGCCAGACACCUUGUGGCUCAUUUUAAGAAGCGAGCAAAAGCCAGAAAGGGACUAAAGGAGAAACAGAAACAACAAAAGGUGGUUGAACACGUCCUGAUCCAAGACGUUUCCAUGCUGUGGAAUUCUUCUCAGACCAUGCUAGCGCGUCUGAUAGAACAGAGAUGGCCCGUAACAGCAGUGCUCUCCGACCCCAACUACACCGGGAAAAAUGAACGCAACCUUGAUCUCACCACAGCGCAAUGGAACAUAGCAGAGGACAUUUCGAAUGUGCUGAAGCCGAUUGUCACUCUGACGGAGUUGCAGUCCGAGGAGGAAAACGCAUCCUUAUCCGCAACCAUACCCAUGCUGACCAACCUCAAACGCCGCCACUUGGCAGCAGUGGAGGACGACAGCCCUACCACUAAGAGUCUUAAAACAAGGCUGGUGGAGGAAUCCGACAAAAGAUGGCAGCUCAAAGACCAACUUUUUGAGAGUAGUUUAUACGUCCAAGCAGCAGUCGUAGACCCCCGCUUCAAGCUGCUUUCGUUCCUUGACGAUGCAAAACGGGACGUAGCCUACAUCAACGUGUCCCAGCUGGCCGACCGUUUGAGCGCCGAGGGAGACAGAGACAGCUCUACAUCCACGGAUGAAGAGGAGGUACCCGCACCAAAAAGAAAAAAAACGGACAAGGAGCGGGAGAUUGAUAUGCUCAUGUGUGGAGAUGGAGAGAAAGAGGAUCAGGGAGAUAGCAAAAAAGAAGUUAAGUAUUAUCUCCAAGAUAGAACGAAAGUCGACGCUGGACCACUAGCUUGGUGGGGGAAAAAUGAGGACAGGUAUCCGAAGCUGGCCAGAGCAGCGAAAUAUCUCCUCUCCAUUCCGGCCACCUCCACUCCAUCAGAGCGGAUCUUUUCCAAGGCAGGGUUUAUAUUCAAUAAAACGAGGAGCAGCCUUCUGCCCGAAAAUGUUGACAAGCUGGUGUUCCUGUCUCAUAACUUGAAAAGAUUGAGGAAGUAGGCUAUUAAGCGGCAGCCCAGGUCUAUGUGAGUAAGUAGGCUAGUCCGAUACAGUUGA